CCACAGACGGCUAAUGAAACACAAAAUACAAAUACAAGAAAGAAAAAAUUAAAUACCCUUUCAUUACUGAGAAAAAUGAAAAUUACAGUACAACUGCCGCCCCCUCCCAAAUUCGCCUCGGUCAAGAGCCCCCGCGCCGCACGGACUUGGGUGACGUCAUUCCGUGUAGACUCGAAUUGUUUGCUAUAAUUCUUCGCCGCGCGAUGUUCGAGAUCUACAUUGAUUUUGCGUACCGUGAAUCCUUUCUGCCUUUUAUCGAUUGAAGUUUGAGAAGUUUUGAGAAGUCUUUCUAAAGAGAAUGGCUACCCCAGUCGUCAGGGCAGAUGCACAAGAUGAUUUAGUUAUGGAAUUUGAGUGUGAGGAGGAUGGCAGUUGCGGGGAAAGCGGUGAAAAUGACAGUGUCAGUGGUAGUAGUGACAGUCCGGACAGUGGCAGCAGCAGUGAUACUGACAGCGAUGCAAGUGAUGCAGACGCCGGAGAACACGGGCGUAUCGUCGAGUGGGAGUAUGAGCCUUUACCUCGUGGUGAACCUGGGCAAAAUGUUGGCGAUGCUGGAAGGGCCAACAACGCAAAUCGGCUUCAUGAAAAUGUCGAGGAUUGGUGUACAUGUGGAAGAUGUCGUGUGCCUCCAUCUUUCAAUGAAGGUGAUUGUGUCUGUUGUCAGGAAAUUGCAGAGGUCAAGGCAGAGGCUGAUCGACAGGGUUCAAGUUGUCUGGUGGAUUCUGAGGAGUUUGAGCCGGCCAUCCUAAAUGCGACAACAUUGUACAUCGGAUGGAUGGAGUACACAGAUAGGUGGCGCCGAGCAGCCAAAGCAUUUGGGGACAGGAACAAUGAAAAAUACAGGUAUGUGGCCUACAGGAAAGUCGUGAGAUGGUGUUGGGGCUGGCUCGGGAAGGACAUCAGGGUGCAACUGCCAGCGUAUCCUGAAGCGUAUCCUGAUGGACGUGGUCAGUACAAAGGGACCAUCCUGCGUCGGUUGAGAUGA